UUAUUACAUCAGUGUUAAUACUUACUUUCGCAGGAUGUUAGUGUUUAAUUACUAUCCUACAGCAUUUUCCCGUUAAUAAAGAAGACAUUUCAUGACAUCGGCUCAGAGAAAAUAAACGCAGGUCUAUUUUUUUUUAUACGUACUUCAUUGGAUCAGGCUGUAGCUCGGGCACGCGCAUCUUGUUACCAGGCAGAUCCACACAAACAUGGCGGCGACUGGGAACGAAGCGGAGACGCUGUUAGCUGAUAUCAAGGAGGAGGAAGCCGAGGACAUGGAGAGAGAAAUGGAGUCGGGAGAGGAUGAGGUAAUGGGCGUCGAGAAUUCCGAAGACGAAGAGGAUGAUGAUACGUCGGAGGACGAGCGAGAAAAUGAAGCAGAAAUCCAGCGCUUGGAAGAGCAGCUGUCGAUCAAUGCGUUUGAUUAUAAUUGCCAUGUGGACCUGAUCAAGCUGCUGAGGCAGGAGGGGAAGCUGUACAGGCUGCGCAAGGCCCGGCAGAAGAUGAGCGAACUCUUCCCUCUUACUGAAGAGAUCUGGCUGGACUGGCUGAAGGACGAAAUCGGCCUGAUGGAGGGUGACGAAGCCGAGCGUGAGAAGAUCUACGAGCUCUUUGAGAAAGCUGUAAAAGACUACAUCUGUCCUGACAUCUGGUUGGAGUAUGCACAGUACUCUAUAGGUGGCAUGGGGGCUGCGGGAGGCAUCGACCGGGUGCGCACCAUCUUCGAGAGGGCUCUGACCGCCGUGGGUUUGCACAUGACUAAAGGAGCUGCGCUCUGGGAAGCCUUCCGGGAGUUUGAGAUCGCCAUCCUGUCCACCCUCCAGCCUCCUCCUGGCAGUAUCUCGAGUCCUGAGCAACAGGAGCAGCUGAAUGUGCAGCUCGAAAGGAUCCACACACUGUUCAGAAGGCAGCUUGCCAUACCUCUAAUGGAUAUGGAGAGCACAUACGCCGAAUACUCUGACUGGACGGACGAGGGUGUGCCAGAGACCGUCACGCAGCACUACAAGCGAGCUCUGCAGCAGCUGGAGAAGUGCAAGCCUUAUGAGGAGGCUCUGUUGGUGUCAGAGCCGCCGAAGCUGGCAGAGUAUCAGAGUUACAUCGAGUAUGAGAUGAAGGAGGGAGACCCUGCUCGAGUUCAGAUCAUAUUUGAGAGAGCGCUGGGGGAGAACUGCUUAGUUCCAGACCUUUGGGCCAAAUACACUACGUAUCUGGAUCGCCAGUUGAAGAUCAAAGAGCUGGUGUUGUCCUGCCAUGAACGGGCAGUCCGGAACUGCCCCUGGACCAUGGGCUUGUGGAAAAGCUACCUGUUGGCUCUGGAGAGACACUGUGCAGAGCAUCAUAUAGUCUCUGACGUGUUCGAAAAGGCUCUGAAUGCUGGCUUCAUCCAGGCCACUGAUUACGUGGAGAUCUGGCAGUCGUACCUGGAUUACCUGAGGAGACGUGUCGAUUUUAGCAAAGAGGGGAGCAGAGAGCUAGAGGAGCUGCGGGCAGCUUUCACACGCGCUCUCGACUACCUGAAGCAAGACGUGGAGGAACGGUUUACCGAGAGUGGUGAUCUGUCCUGUACAAUAAUGCAAAUCUGGGCCAGGAUAGAGGCUUUGCACUGUAAGAAUAUGCAGAAAGCACGAGAACUGUGGGAUAACAUCAUGACAAAAGGGAACGCUAAGUACGCCAACAUGUGGCUCGAGUACUACAAUCUGGAGAGGUCGUAUGGAGAUGCUGCACAUUGUAGGAAAGCUCUUCACCGAGCGGUGCAGUGCACAUCGGAUUAUCCAGAGCAUGUGUGUGAAGUUCUUCUCACCUUUGAGAGGGUUGAGGGGUCGCUGGAGGACUGGGAUGCUGCUGUACAGAAGACCGAGUCGCGACUGAAUCGAGUGAAUGAGCAGAGAGCGAAGGCAGCAGAGAAAGAAGCCCUGCUCGUCCGGCAAGAAGAAGAGCGAGCCGAACAGCGUCGCAAAGCCAAGGCUGAAAAGAAAGCACAGAAAAAGAGCCAGAAAACUAACAGAACAGGAGACAAGAGGAAGGCAGAUGAUGUUGGUGAAGAUGAAUGGGGAGACGAGAGUGAUCGCAAGAGACACAGAGGUGAGGAGGAUAUCGCAGACGAGCAGAUGGAGACGGAAAGCGGGCUGAUCGGACGUCGUGCUCCUCCGCAACACAAAACGGAGACUCCAGCUGCCCGGAAAAACCAGCAGGUGGUGACGGAAGUAAAAAAUACAACCGCCAGAAUGCCAGAUGAACGCAAUGACUCGAGCAGCGUGUUCGUCAGUAACUUAGCCUUCAAUCUGGAAGACCCUGAGGGUAAAAUGAAGGCUGCGUUUGGGAGCUGCGGCACCAUCGUGCAGGUGCGACCCGUGUUUACUCCAAAGGGAGCUUUCCGAGGAUACUGCUACGUGCAGUUUGAGGACGAGCUGGCAGCUCAGGAGGCGCUCAGGCUGGACAGACAGGAAGUGGAUGGACGGCCCAUGUUUGUGUCUCCCUGCAUAGACAAGAACAAAAACCCUGACUUUAAGGUCUUCAAAUACAACACAUCAAUGGAGAAGCACAAAAUCUUCAUCUCGGGGCUGCCUUUCGCCUGCACUACGGAGAAGCUGGAGGAGCUAUGUAAGGAGCACGGCACAGUCAAAGCCGUCCGCCUCGUCACCAACCGCUCUGGCAAACCCAAGGGCCUGGCCUAUGUGGAGUUUGAGAACGAGGCGCAGGCGUCUCAGGCCGUGUUAAAGAUGGACAGGAUGAAGCUGGAGAAUUACACGCUCUCUGUGGCCAUUAGUAAUCCACCAGCCAGGAGGACCGAAUUCACACCAGCUCUGGGAGGCACGAUGCCUCGCCAGAUUCAGGGCACUCGUGGAAAAGGACGCACGCAGGUGUCUCUACUCCCUCGCUCUCUGCACCGUCAAAACACGCCACAGGCGAAAACGGAGAACGGCACCGCAACCAAACAGCAGGAUGGCAUGAGCGAUGGAGUGCAAGCCGAAAACCCUGGAAUGAAGCCUCUGUCCAACGAGGAUUUUGCGAAAAUGCUCCUGAAAAAGUGAAAAAACCGAACACAACCCGUCAACUUGCCUUGUGUCAGAAGCCAUUCUGUGUCCUUAAUGCGAUAGAGAGGAAGAAAAGCAGUGCUUUUAUUUUAUUUUAUUUUUCCUGUAAAUACACAAACCCACCCAAGUUCUAUUAAAAAAAGGUUUUAUCAGUAUGUCUUUGAAAUGAGUGUUUGUUUGAUUUUGUUUCGUUGAUCAUGAUUUGAGUUUGGAAGAAAUGAAAGUUGGCUUCUUACAUGAUGUCAAAUAAUCCAUGUGGCCCUUGUUGUUUUAAGAUUAGGCAUAUGCAAGACUUUAAUAUUUACUACGAAAAUAUAGCGUGAUAAAUUAGAAACUGUAUGUAUUUGCCAUCAAUUUGCAGAUUUUUUUUUCUAUACACUGCUUUGUUCAAAAAAAAAAAACUUUUAAAAAUGUGAUCAGCAUAAUUUAUGUGCAGCGCUAGAACCCUGGGUGCUCACUAUGUUGGGCACGAAUUCCUCGACAAGACUCCUUUUCUGGAUUCGAAGUUUGACUUCUGUAAUUAACAUGUUCUCAGAUAACUGGAUCAAAAUAAGUAUUUAGUAGGAUCCUGUCAGGCGUUUUCUAUCCAAUACGUAACGUUGUUGUUCUCUGGAAUUCUUAACCUGUAGUGUUGUGUUCUGUCGAGCUCCUGGUGUUUUCACUCUGAAAACAGUUUUUGCACAAACCUGCGAGUUUGUUGGGUCAUGCAUCAAGUCGAGCCCUGUUUUUAGGAUUAUAGUUCCAGAUGGCCGACACAGUAGUUCUGCCUUACCUUGUUGGUGCAGUAUUGAGAAAUACGACUAGUGUUUGAGAGGCGAGAAUUCCUGUUCCACUGCCAGACUGCACAAAUCUAGAAUCCGAUUCAAAUGCGAGAUUUAAGAUUUCUCUUCAUAGAAAGUUCUGGCGUUUGAUGAUCUCCUUGGUUUCGGUCUGGAUUUCUUACAUCUGGUUGUGACAUUGCCUUAGAUUGUUCCCUGUCUCUGUGGAACUGAACGUUUAAGAAUCUAUGCAGCUGUUCAUUGCUAGAACCUUCCAUCAUAGUUUGCCUGAAUAACAUAUUCCCUCUGCCAUACUCUGUGCGUGUGAUAUACACACGCACACUACGCCAUUUAGUCGAAGUCAUUUUGUCAAGAUGAAAAUGGAAGGGUCAAACCUUUAACUGAAUAUUUAUUGUGUGUGAUGUAUAUUAUUUUUAGAAUUUCCCCCAUCAGUCCCUUUUUAUGGAGUGUUUGUUGAGCGUUCGCCUGCCUCACUGGCAGGCCGUAACCGUUUUGUACAGCGUUUGUAUAUUUUGAUCUGAAGGAACAGUAGCUCUAAAUAUUUGCUUCUGAUCACCACAGUGGCCUCAAUAGUAACGAGAAAAGAACCGUGCUGUUGCAAUGUCUUGUUCAACUUGUCUGUAUCCUAAUUUCUUAACAUGCAUCUAUCCUUUUUUUUUUUUUUGUCCAAAUAUGUUUACCUGAUACGUUUUCCGUAUCAUUUUAAAAUUGUAUCACUUAAUUUUUCCUCCAGAAUUCUUUUCCUUCAUUGUUUCCUAAAUUGUUUAUUAAGAAUAAUUAAAACAUAUGUGGUCAUUUAAAACAGUGCUCGGUUAUUUUUCUGUAACGUAAGGAAUUAAUGCUUGUUAUAGGAAGAUAAUUAUCGGAUGUUCAUAAUAGUCGAUAGGAUCAGGUAUUAUUGGAAAAGGUUUAUUCCUCUUGUACUGCAGCAAACACGAGCCUUUUUUUUUUUUAAGUUAUUAAAGAACCACUCAUUUAUCA